AUGGCCACACUCUCACCGAGACACUACGACACCAUACCGGAGAAGCAUCUCAUCCGCACAGACACCCACACCAAGCGCAUGUACAUUUGCAUCCCAGGCGGCGCCGGCGCCGGCACCGCCCCCGGCAGCAGCAGCAGCAAGACAGAGAGCACCGCGAACUGCGACCACUGCAUCUGCAUCGAGGGGAGCGUGCGGCCGUCCCUGCACGGCGUCAACCCGCUGGCGCCCAAGGCGCUCUGCCACUUCCACAGCUUCUACAUGACGACGGGCAAGACACUGACGCGCUGCGAGCAGCUGGCGCUGGACCAGCUCGACAGCGACGGCGUGUCGUGGACGCCGCAGCAGACGGCCGUCUUUGUGGCCCUGCUGAAGCGGCGCCUCGGCCGGCUUGCGCUGCUCUACGACAGCGAGGAGCUGCCCAGCCUGACGGCGGCGCAGAGCCGGGUCGUGGGCAUGGACUACGGUGCCAUUGGCGACGGCCGCAGCAUGGUGAAGAAGGCGAGGUCCGGGGCGGAUUUGGAGGACGACGAGGACGAUGAACAUGUUGGCGGCGUAGUCGCGGGCGGACUGGACCCUACGGACGAUGAUGUCUUCACUUGA